CACCGACACACACCACUUGAAGCCUUGCCCCCCCCCAACAAGGAACCUGCUUGGAGCUGACAAUUGCCAAUCCUACCAUGCCGGCCAUUUCACCGGAGUUACCACCCACACCGACGCCUUCAGAUUACAAGUUGCUCACCAACAUCAACGACAUUAGAGAAUGUCUACGAAAAUUAGAUGCAGAAGAAAAUGCCAUAGACGCGAGAUUAGAUGUCAUUCUGGAUAACCGAUCUCGCUUGGAAGGCACUAUCUAUCAGCUGAGCUCUAUGAAACCUAAACUUUCCAAGUUGAAAACGGAUGGAUCCCGCAUGGUGACUAUAAUCAGUGGUACUUCCUCUUUAGCUGAACGCGUCAGUGACAAAGUGAGAAAAUUAGAUCUGGAACAGUCCCGUGUCAAAGAAGCCAUUCAUCAAGUUGAAGAGGUGCAGGAUCUUAAGCAGUGUAUCACCAGUAUGCAAGAUGCAAUGUUACGCCGAGAUUACGACGAUGCUGCCACGUUGCUACAUCAAUCAUUUGGCGUCGAUCGAUCCAUAUUGGAGGGUUCCUUUGCGGAGUACACCGUACCAACGUCAGAGAAUCCAGAUAACCCUACCAAAACUAUUUCUGACGUUAAGGCUGCGCUAUUUGACAUUUUCUCCAAACAAUUUGACAUGGCGGUUAGCAGCCGGGACCAAAAGGAAAUUACUCGAUACUUCAAGCUGUUUCCGUUGAUUGGUUGUCACAAGGAAGGAUUACAAAGAUACUCAAAUUUUGUGUGUGGAUUGGUUAGAGAUCAAGGCUCCGAAAGUUUGCGGGUUGACAAAGUUCCCAGCACAAGCUUUUACGCCGAUACCAUCACAGCGCUUUUUGAGAACGUGGCUCUCAUAAUAAAUCAGCACCAACCCAUGGUCCAAGCUCACUAUGGUCCUGGAAGUAUGCUUCAUGUCAUUCAACGACUACAAGAAGAAACCGAUACCCAAAGCAUGCGGAUAUUUGUACGUUAUUCAAAUGAACGCAAAAUUGAUCGCCGAAUAUCUGAAAUUCGCACCGUCGGCUUAUCUCAGCUAAGAUCUCCUACCCUUUCGAGAGUCAACCCGUCCAACACCACAUCUCCAUCCAUCCAGUCACCAGAUCCUACUCUGGCUAACCCAUUACUUGAUCCCAGAGAACUGGAUAUAAGUUCGAACGAACUCGCUGUCAUGAGUCAGCGUAGUGCAUUGUUCCACCGGUUCCUUCGUGCUCGUGCAAAAGAAGAACUUGAAGCCAUACCCAACGAAGAGGAAUUCUGGAAGGAUACUAAUCGCAAGCAAUAUGAUUCAGAUGGUCUUCUGGUGAUGUCCAGACUGAGCAAACGGGUCUCUGAUCUGUUAGAUAGCUAUCUCAUUAUGGAGGAAUAUUUGGUCCGCCGCAGUGUGAACAUGGCCAUGAGCAUUGACGAAUACGACAGUGCAGUGGGAGAAACAUCAUCAUGCGUGGACGAUGUCUUUUUUAUAUUGAAAAAAGUGACCCGCCGGUGUAUAUCCACAGCUCACCUCGAUACCAUCACUUCCAUGAUCAAUCUUCUCAUUAAGAUCAUUGAAAGUGAAUAUAUUGGAUUUCUCCAACGCAAAAUGUCAGCUGCAUUCACCGGACACGAACCAGGCAACUCCAAAGCUGUCGAAUUAGCUAAAUUGUCUUAUAUGGUUGUCCUCAACAACCUGGACGUCAGUUCAUUGUACAUACAACGCCUUUCUGAAGAAGCACUAGAUCAUGCAGAUACCAACCUCAUCGAAGGUGAAGGAUACCAGAGUCUCGAAAAGGCAUUGAAACAGCUUGGUAACUUGUCAGAUAGUAUGAAAAAGCGACUGACUACUGGACUGGAACAACUUUUUGGCCAAACCCUCAAACCUCGUGUACGACCGUUAUUCCAGGAGGCCUAUCGGGAUGUCAAGUAUGUACUAGAUGAGGACGAGUACAACGAAGCGGAUUCAAAUGAUGCUUUCGUGCGACGAUUCACACAAGGUUUCUCCAAGCUGAUCGACAUAUACCGACGCACUUUUACUGAACCGAACUUUGCACAUAUGCUUGAUUUAAUGGUGACAGCUGUAACGAAGCAGUGGGAAAAAAUCGUCCUUCAAACUCGCUUCAAUCAACUGGGUGCCUUACGCUUCGACAAAGACCUGCGAAGUUUGACCCAUUACUUAUCCAACCUAACUGACUGGUCUACCCGAGAUAAGAUGACCCGUCUGAAUCAAACGGCAACGGUGCUGAGUUUUGAAACGCCAUCUGAAAUCUAUGAGUACUGGGGUAGCAAGGCUGGACCUGUUACUUGGCGACUGACCGUGACUGAAAUUAAAAAGCUCAUGAUGUUAAGAAUCGACUUGGACCAUGACGAAAUUUCCAAUUUAGAGCUAUAGCCUUAAUGGCAUGGUUUGCUAUUA